AUGGGUUCAUUGGAUUUCGAUAUCAGCUCCUCAUGGAGUGAUGAGAAGUAUUCGAGAGCAGAUGCAAAUGGGCUCUCUGUACCCAACAAUCCGGCUGUCGAUGACGCCGGCUCCGAGCAGGAUGAUGGUGAUCAAGCCUCGCGUUCUGGUUCUGUCCCGAAUGUCUCCGGUGCCUUGACUGUGGACGAGUCUCUGUCCGGUAUCGUCCAACAUCGCGCAGACGGCCAGCCUCGGGUAGCGAACACUGAAUUCGAACGGAGGUUGCGACAUCUGGAGCGUACAGUGAACCCGGCUCAGGAUGACGGCACAAGCUCGCUCAGUAGAGUCAGGGCGGGCCCUGUGAGAGCGACAUCAAGCGGUACUUUCCACCAGACCGGCAUUAACAGAAGCCCCGACGCUCAGCGUACCCUUCCAAUACUGAGCGAGAAAACUUGGAACGAAUUUAUGAACAAGUCCGCAAGUGACGAUGUUGAAGCUUCAAUUGAUAUCCUGGUCGAGCUGCCUGAAUAUCUAGCUCCGAAGGCCGCUGUCUCAGGCAUCGGUGCUAAAAGUGGGAACGCGCGUGGUGCUCGUACGCAGCAAUCUGAUCCAUCGCCUGUCCUGCAAGCGAAAGAGAACAGGCCAGUUCCUGAGCGUAUUCGCAUCAAUUCUCUGUUGACUCUCAAGUUGCUGAAAUCAAUUGAUGACCACAUAUCAGAGACAACAGCUCUUGUCAUGAUGAGACCGUUCAAGUUUCUGGUGUACCACGAGGACCAGAUCGAAGGCCUAGCAAGAGAACUGGAGCAACAGGCUUCUGUGCUCCCAGCAGACGAGCCUUCGGAUUUCCAGGGAAGUCGUACAUCUUACCAGCUUUACGACGAACAAGAACGCACCGAAGCUCUCAAGCAUCUGCGGUGCCUGACAAGCUUUACAGCGAAGUACAUCAAGCCAACACUCGAGCGGCUUAGGGACAACUCCACAAGCAUGAUAAGUUUCGCAGACUUGUGGUACAUCUUCCAGCCAGGCGAAGAUAUUCACAUGCCUCUGAAGAUUCAGGGGACUUCCAUCGACGCUGAGGCUGUCGGAAUCUCAUCCGAGACAUUCUACAGUCGGUACAAUCAGCUAUGGCGGGUGACUUGCGUCACUGGAGGUCGCCCGAACAUCGCCACUGCGCAGGAACGCCAUGGCACAUCGAAGCCAAAUCCAUUCAAGGUCGAUUGUUACUACAUCGACUUUCAUGGCAGGUACCUUCGACCGACCGUUCACACGUUCGAGAUUGCCCCAUUCAGAGGCGAGAGGGAAAUAACUUCUCUCGAGUUCUAUCCAACUCGCUUCUUAAGCAAAGAGCAGCGGGAGCAGCGCUUUCAAGGCCGGCUCGAUCGCGGCAAGAUGGUGUUUGAUGCCAUAGUGAAAUCUUCUUCGCCUUUCUUCUACUCCGGACCGACACUCAUGGUUCAGCCGUGCGGCUGUAAGUUCAAGGAUGGUCCAGCCACUCAGGAGCACGUCGAUAGCGAGGUCAUCGUGGACUUCAAGCUUGCUCUACGGAAGCAUCCAACGUGGGCUCCAGAACGCGAGCCAUGGAAGCCGCCUGUUGAGCAUCGUGCUGAGCUACAUGAGAAGACGCCAGUACAGUAUUGGGACAAGCAAGACAAGACAAAACUCUCUUAUGCACAGUACGACCAGGUCUACAACGACUAUCUUAUCGACAGGGAGGACGCCGUGGCUUUCAGCCAGAAGGAGAAAAUCUUUGCUCCGAUUCCUUCUGGCUGGAUCUCAAAUGAGUCUAUGGUACCAGAGAAGGAUGUCUCGCUGCUUCCAGGCCGAGUCUUUGCUUUUGUUCUUCGCACACGCACAUUCGCUCCCCUAUGGCUAUCAAUGUUGCAGCCCAUUCGGGCGAAGAUGGACGGCCUCAACACUCUACAGCUCGAAGACAACACAUUCAAAGACACUUUGCAGGCACUGGUCAAGACCCACUUCAUGCAACGACUAGGACAGGAGACCAACCAUUUCGAGUACGACAUUGUACGCGGCAAGGGAAGAGGGCUUGUCAUCUUGCUGCAUAGUGCGCCUGGAACUGGCAAGACACUCACUGCUGAAAGUAUCGCUGCUGCAACUGGACAGCCCUUGCUGCAAGUCACAUGUGGUGACCUCGGCUUGAAGCCCAAGGAGGUCGAUUCGGCGCUCAAGGAAAUCUUCCACCUCGCCUCUCACUGGAAGUGUGUACUUCUGCUCGAUGAGUGUGACAUUUUUCUGACUCAAAGAAAUCGAGAGGAUGUCAAACGCAACGCUCUCGUGUCUGUCUUCCUCCGUGUUCUUGAGUUCUACACUGGAGUGCUGUUCCUCACCACGAAUCGCGUCGGCGCAUUGGACGAAGCCAUUAACUCUCGAAUCACGUGGAUCAUGUACUACCCUCCUUUAAACUGGGCGCAAACCGAAGAGAUCUGGAAGACCAACCUAAAGAACGUCAGGAAAGGCAAUAAGAAGCUCAAAGUCGAUAAGGCGGGCAUCCUCGCGUUUGCAGAGGAUCAAUUCUACGAGACCCAGGACCUCAAGAAUGCAUCUUGGAAUGGCAGGCGGAUUCAGAACGCCUUCAAAGUCGCUGUCGCUCUUGCCUACUGGGAGACUUACACUAAUGAUGAGCGCGGUGAAGCAUGGCUAGCGAACACGAACGUCAGCAAACACAAGCGUCGCGCAACAUUGACGGCCGCCCACUUCCAGUCCUAUGCCGCGAGUGCUGCCAAGUUCGACAGCUAUCGGAUGGAGGCUAUCGGCGGCACUGAUGGCGAUCGCGCCUUCCAAGCCAUGGAUCGAGCUGAUGACUUCAAAGAGGUGGAAUCGGCGAUACCGUAUGUCCCGACGCUGCUGUCUCCAGAUGAUCACAGAAGGACUUCGACCACCCCGAACGCGCGGAGUCCAAUCGUGCGAGCUUCAACAGUAGCUGGUCGGGUGCCGACUGCUCACUAUUUCCAGUCGCAGCAGCAGACACAACAAAGUCACGCUCAGAUAGGCACCUCCUUUGGUGGCCAAGAUACAUGGGCCAACGCAUCUCAUCAGCCGAGAUCCACGGCCGAGCAGGCUCGGAGGACGACAGAUGCAGAUCAGCCACGUACUGCCCAGCGUGACUUCCGCGAUCAAGACACUGCACAACAGAGCGAUAGUGAUACUGAUUCGGAGGACGAUGAAGCUGUUGAGACUGGGUCAGGGUCGGCUACAGGGUCCGAAGGUCGGUAUUGA